AUGCUCGUCUCUGCACCGUCUUCUCAUCCGCUGACCCCCAUCCAGGAAGACGGUUCAAACUGCAGCAUCUUCUCAAUCGAUAUCCCCGCCAACAGGAGCCGACUGCCUUUGGCCAAGAACGCUCUCAAGAAGCUGCGAACUCUGCGUCACCCUGGCGUCAUCAAGGUCCUGGACACCGUUGAGACGGAAUCCUACAUCUACAUCGCCACCGAGCGUCUCGUGCCGUUACGAUGGCACAUUCGAAGAAAGAGUCUCAGCCCAGAAACGAUCAAAUGGGGUCUGCAUAGCAUCGCUCGAACCAUAAAAUUCAUCAACGCCGACGCCUCCUCGAUCCAUGGCUCACUAAAGGUCGGAUCCAUCUACACUACCGAGAGUGGCGAGUGGAAGCUGGGCGGCUUUGAAGUAGUGAGCAACGUAAAGGACGACGAGUCGGUCAUAUAUACCUACGGAAGCCUUGUUCCCGAUGCGGGCCGCUACGCUCCCCCGGAGCUCAGAAACGGAUGGGACAUGAUCAAGAAGAGCCCACACUCUGCCGUCGACUCGUUUAAUUUUGGAGCCCUCAUGUUUGAAGUCUUCAAUGGCGACUACCGCGGGCCCGAAGAGGCCGGCCAAACGAAAAACAUCCCGCCCACCAUGCAGCCAGGUUUCAAGCGGCUCUGCAACGCGAACCCCAAAGCUCGAAUCAGCGUCAGCAGCUUUCUCGACCAAGGCAGCCGAGCGGGGGCCUUCUUUGACACGCCUCUGAUAAAGUUGACGGAGGGUGUCGACAACAUAGGCGUCAAGUCCCCCAGCGAAAGGGAGGAGCUUCUGAAUGAUUUGGAUCAUCUCGCAGACGACUUCCCCGAGGAGUUCUUCAAGCUCAAAGUGCUGCCUGAGCUCAUCAAGUCCGUUGAGUUUGGUGGGGGAGGGCCAAAGGCCUUGGGUGUAGUGCUCAAAAUAGCGGCCAAGUUCUCCAACGAAGACUUUGAUUCGAAGAUCUCUCCCUUCAUCGUCCGAGCAUUUGCCAACCCUGAUCGAGCCAUCAGAGUCUGUUUGCUGGACAGCCUACCGAAGAUGAUCGAACGGCUAUCACAAAAGAUCGUCAACGACAAGCUCUUUCCCCAAAUUGUGGCCGGCUUCACGGAUAUGCAGCCGGUGGUGCGGGAACAAACUCUGAAGUCGGUGCUUGUCAUCAUCACGAAGCUGUCCGACCGCACCAUCAACAGUGAGCUCUUGAGGCACCUGGCCAAGACGGCGAACGAUGAACAGCCUGGCAUCCGCACAAACACCACGAUCUGCCUGGGGAAAAUUGCACGCUAUCUCGGCACGUCAUCACGGGCCAAGGUGCUGAUAGCGGCAUUUACUCGCUCCCUCAGAGACCCCUUUGUCCACGCUCGUAGCGCUGCCCUCAUGGCGCUCGGCGCCACGGUGGAAUACUUUUCGGACGAAGACUGUGCCGUGCGGAUCCUACCGGCUCUCUGCCCCCUGCUCAUGGACAAGGAAAAGCUUGUACGAGACCAGGCAAGUCGAACCAUGGACACGUACGUUCAAAAGGUUCGCAAGGCCGCGGCGGGAAUGCCAGAUACGGCCCUGCCUUCGCCCCAAGCGGCCGAAGCACAACAACCCGCACGGAUGGGCACGCCUCAGCAGAGUGGCUCGUCUGGAUGGACCGGCUGGGCCAUCUCUUCUUUCACAAACAAAAUACCUGCCGCGGCGGGAGAUAUACAAACCUCAAACGGGUCGCCUGCUGACGCCCGACCCGCGCCAACCUCUCCUGGUGCAGAACUUAAGAAGCCAACUGCCGCCCCGGUCACCAGUGCCGCGACGUCGCUACGUCGACAGGCCACGAUGCCAUUGUCUCCGACGGAAAUUUCCUCUCCCACCACAAUAGACCCAAUCGCCGAGGACUUUUUCUACGACGAUGGCGACGAUGCAGGAGAUGCUUGGGGAGAUAUGGGGGAUAUGGGUGAGGACGAUGAGAUUCUGACGAAAAAGGGCAAGGAAAAGCCGCGGGUUGCCAGCACUACGCCCUUUGACGAGGGCGAGCCGGACUUUGCAGGUUGGUUGGAGUCGCAGCAGAAGAAGAAAUCUGGCGGCGCCAAGCCGUUGCCAAAGGGGCUCUCCAAGUCGACGGUGACCAAAUCCUCGGCGAAGAAGAUGGCUGCAAAGCCUGUAGCCGCCAAGAAGAUUGACAUGAAGCCUAAGGAGACGGAGAAUGACGAUGACGGUUGGGGUGACGGAUGGUGA